GUUACUCCGCAACGUCAGUUUUAAAGUAUUUUACUGCUUUUUUUGCUGCUGGUGUCUACCUACUGCCGAAAUGCCUUGAUGCUGUCAAAUACCGUGACUUUUGGGAAAGUACAGACGAACCUUCCCUCAAGAAAUUCUUAGAUUUUCGGCUCUCAAGUGGCGACUUAGAGGACAUGACCGUCGAGUACGCUCGGUAUAAUAAGGAACUAAUUACCAUCGCCAAAUAUUAUGCUGAGACAUCAAAUGUUGGCCAGCGUAUAUUAAGUUGGAAAAAGGCGUUCAAGGCAAGUGCACAAUUGUGUUUCAUUAGUACAACGAACGUUUGUUGUGGGAACGACCAUUGUGCGAACAAAUGUUUGUUGUGGGAAUGGCUGGGAUUGUCUAUUGGUGAACCAUGGGAUUUGGAAACCAGUCAAAAUAUAGAUAUUCAAUUAUUAAAGGCAGUCUGGGUGCUUCCCUUGAUUCCUGAUGUUUCUGUUUUUAUUUGCAUCAAAGCAAGCGGUCAGCAGCAAUACAGCAAUUCUGGAAAGUUGAAAAACGAAAAACAAAACAUUUUGGCCAAAAACCACUUGGUUGAGGAAAGAGCAAGGGGAAAAGUUCGAAAGUUGCAGUCUGCGCAACAUGUGAGCAUUGCCACCGUAGUGACUGAGCAAAUUGAACAAUACGCAAGGUCAACUACGUCAAAUAUUAUGAAGAGGUUUCUUGAUGAUGAGCAAAGGCCAGGAAAGCACAUCAGAAUGACCAAGGUUAUUAAUAAAGUAACUGACAACCUUUCCAAUAACAAUUCCGAUGAUGAUCUCGUCAAGUCUGAUGACAAUAAUGAGAGUGAUCUAACUGAUGGUGAGAAGUCACCCACGGAGAUGGCUUGUGAACGCCGAGAAGCAUUGUCACAGAGCCUUCGAGAGUGUACAGAACAGAUGUCAGACAGCCAGGAUACAAUUGUCACGGUACGCCAUGAUGGGGAAACGGAGGCUGUUGAAGCGCUAUUUGAGUUAUCGGGACCUGCCACAUCUACAUCUACGACACAACCGCAAGCUCCUCCCGACUUGAUGCCAUGUGCACCACUGCAAGCUCUCCAAUAUAUAGAUAAUGCCAUUAAGGUGAGUAUCUGGAAAGUUCAGCAGUAA